GCUUAUAUGGACAAGUCAGCCAGCUGUCACGUGACCCUGCUGCUAAAAACAGCCCUGGCACCCGCUCUGAACCUGGUCCUGAAACAAUGUCCUCCACCGACAGAAACAUAAAGGACACUUGAUCACACAAUCCUUGGAAUUAUUUCCAGGAAACACUUGCAGAAACCAUUUGGAGGACCCUUCCCCUGGCAGUGCUCACAGGGACGGCCAGGAGAUGAGCGCAUCCUUGAAUUACAAGUCUUUUUCCAAAGAGCAGCAGACCAUGGAUAACUUGGAGAAGCAACUCAUCUGUCCUAUCUGCUUAGAGAUGUUCACGAAACCUGUGGUCAUUCUCCCCUGUCAGCAUAACCUGUGUAGGAAAUGUGCCAGUGAUAUUUUCCAGGCCUCUAACCCAUAUUUGCCCACAAGAGGCGGCACCACAGUGGCGUCGGGAGGCCGAUUUCGCUGCCCUUCCUGUAGACAUGAAGUGGUUUUGGACAGACACGGGAUAUAUGGACUUCAGAGAAACCUGCUGGUGGAAAAUAUCAUUGACAUAUACAAGCAGGAGUCCACCAGGCCAGAAAAGAAGUCAGACCAGCCCAUGUGUGAGGAGCAUGAAGAAGAGCGAAUCAACAUCUACUGUCUGAACUGUGAAGUGCCCACCUGCUCUCUGUGCAAAGUCUUUGGGGCACACAAGGAUUGCCAGGUGGCCCCCCUCACUCAUGUGUUUCAGAGACAGAAGUCUGAACUCAGUGAUGGCAUUGCCGUCCUCGUGGGGAGCAACGAUCGAGUCCAGGGAGUGAUCACCCAGCUGGAAGACACCUGUAAAACAAUCGAGGAAUGUUGCAGAAAACAGAAGCAGGAGCUUUGUGAGAAGUUUGACUACCUGUAUGGCAUUCUGGAGGAGAGGAAGAAUGAAAUGGCCCAAGUCAUUACUCGAACCCAAGAGGAGAAACUGGAUCAUGUCCGUGCUCUGAUCAAAAAGUAUUCUGAUCAUUUGGAGAAUGUAUCAAAGUUGGUAGAAUCAGGAAUCCAGUUCAUGGAUGAGCCAGAAAUGGCAGUGUUUUUGCAGAAUGCCAAAACCCUGUUACAAAAAAUUUCUGAAGCAUCAAAGGCAUUUCAGAUGGAGAAAAUAGAACAUGGUUAUGAGAACAUGAACCACUUCACAGUCAACCUCAAUAGAGAAGAAAAAAUAAUACGUGAAAUUGAUUUUUACAGAGAAGAUGAAGAUGAAGAAGAAGAAGGAGAAGGAGAACAAGAUGGUGAAGGAGGAGAAAUAGAAGAAGGAGAAGUCAUAGAAACAGAAGAGGUAGAAAAUAUUCGAACAGAGUCAUCAGGAGAAGAUGAGCAUCCAGAGGAAGGCUUGGAGCCCUCGCAGCUGGCCACCGAGCUCCAGGCUGCCUCGGGGGCACAGCCGGUUUCCUCUCCGGAGCCUCCUGCUGCAGAUGCCCUAGUGGCACAGAUUGGAUUUGAGGACCCGCCCCUGCAGGGACAGACUGCAGCUUCAGGGAGUGGGAAUGGAGAUGAUUCUGAGCCAGGUCGCCACGUCUUCUCCUUUUCCUGGUUGAACUCCCCGAGUGAAUGACAUUCAUUCCAACAGUUGCCCCUCUGUCUGCCUGGCUGAAAUGUACACAGGCAACAGGGAGUCUAAAUAAAAUCAAUAUGAUACAGAUGAUAAAAGGGACAGCUGAACAGGAUUUAUUCAAAGCAGACAAAGAAACUUCUAAUUCCAGAUGAUUUAUCUAACAUUAAGAGGGAAAAUAAUACUUUGAGAAAAUAGUUGCAAAAGGCAUUGGAAAAAAAGAAACUUGAGCUUAUCUUUUAUUGUGUGGAAAAUAUUAGGAAGGGUGUGUAGGUGUGGUAUGUGUGUGAAUGUGUCAAUGACAAGUGGCAAGUGUUGAAAAAAGUGGGCACUAUGCUAUCCUCAGAUAGGCGCUUGUUUUAAUUAUUCUAGCAUAGUAGUUUUUGUUUUCUUUCUUCAUUAACAGUGCAGAUGGUCAGUGAAAUUCAUUGUUAUUCAGAAGUGACUAAUUUCUUAAUAUAUGGACAAAAGGUAAAUC